AUGUACGACAUGUACCUGUUUCAGAAGAUCAACUUGUUAAAUGUAAGAGAUGAAGCAAGAACUAUUGAAAGAGCUGCGCACAACAUCAAUGCAACGUCAGCAUAUGAUACGUUCUUGGCAGACGGUAAUGCACUUUUUCGAGAGGCAACAUCAAAAAAAGAUAUUGUUCAGAAGCUCAAAGAGGAAGCAGAAUCCAGCUUGAGAGCAUUUCAAGAAAGAGUGCAAGGCAUCGUGAACAAUCUAAAGAAGAUGGCUGCAAUCAUCCAGCAGUUGAGCCCUCUUGCCUUCGAAAAGGAAGCAAAAACCAUAAAUCAAUAUGUGACGGAUUCAGUGAAGGAUUUAGUGUCAUAUGGAGCUGAUAUGUCACCUCGCUGCGGCCAACUUAUGAGUAUAUGGAACAACAUUGGAUGGUACGCUUGCAAGUUUAUCGCACAACCGCUGUCAGGAAUUUGGGUAGCUUGUGUGAUAACAGCAAUAGCCUCAUUGAUUAUCCACCAAUCAUUAUUUGACACAGCAAAAUACCUGAAGAGUGUUCAUCGCUAUCGACGUUAUGCAGAAUCAAGGAUUUUCCGAGGACCUCUAAAUUUUAACCGAAUUGAUGUGAACAGGAUCAAAGACGGAAACAGCAGAAGACUAGGCAGAUUCUCAUACAAAUAG